CAAACGAGCGCAUGGAAAUCACAUGCCAAAUAUUAGAAAGAUCAGAAAAAUCAAUGCAGAAAAUAUUCCAUUUAUUUUAGUCCGAAGGCCGCUCGGUAUUUUCCUUUCCAAAACCUGGGACUUUUUCUCCAUUUCUCAACCCCACCUGCAUUUUGACUCGUUGAUUUUGGACCUAAAGUCUCUCUUGGACCUAAAUUCUGCCUCUCUACAAAACCCAAAUACCGAAAUCCAGUUUCAUGGCGGGUUUUUGGAUUUAUGGGGUUUUCAGGGCUUAAUCUGCUUCAGGUGGGCUUUCCAUCUAGGGGGGACCAUGAACCAUAAGUCUUUGUCUAACAAAGGAAUAUACGUAACCUAACAGUUUUGUAGUAUAACAAUGGAGGAUGAUAGUGGGAUCGAGUUAAGCUUGGGUCUAUCUUGUGGUGGUUCGUCUGGGAAAUCAAAGGCUAAAGAUGGUUUCUCAGAGCCUAACUCAGAGGAAGGAGGCAAUCACAGACCUAAAGAUGGAAAUUUCACCAUGGGUGAUUUCCUUCAAAAAGGCAUUGAAACCAGAGGUCCAGAUGGUAACGAUUCAGGUUCAAAGAACCAUGAAAACUUUUUUACUGACCUUGGAAAGCGCCCUGCUCUCGAUUCAUCAACUGAGCUCCAUGGAAAGAGUUCUCAGUUUACUGGUUUUAAAGACUCAUGGAUCACAAACACAGAGGGUGGUAACAAGAGAAAGAUGCUCUUUGAGGAUCCAAAGCAACAAAAGAAGGUCGAAAGGGAAGCCGAGAAUACUGAUAAGAGUCCUUUUGGGGUGAAAAACUCCACAGUUUCAGUAACAACUGAAGAGGUUUCUUCAGCUGAUAAUGAGGCCACAGCCGAGUCUGAGACUGAGGGCUCGUCAUCAAGAACUCUUUCAUCAGUGGAGAAGGAUGGGAUAAAACGUUUUAUAGGUGGUGGUUCAGACAAAAGAAAGGAUAAACAGGGGUUUUGUGAGCCUAGUUCAACAGAUCCUCAAGUGCCCGUGGUUAAGCAAUUGAGUGUUUUGGGAAAUGAUUCAAACCACGAGCUUGGAAACAGGCCCUAUGGGAUGCCCUAUUCAAUCCAACCUGUCGGUAUCAUGGCCAUGCCCUAUCCACUCCCUAAAUUAAACCCUAAUAGUGGGCCCCACCCAUCUGGUUCGGGGAUUCCCAUGCCUUAUCUUAUGCAAUUAAUGCCUCCUGGUUCAAAUGGUGAGCGCCCGACAAUAAGGGCAAUGAGCCCGGCAAUGGGUCAGUUGGCUUUCGGUUACUCAGCUGUUCAGCUUCCAACACUGGAGCAUGAGUCUCCUUGGGGUGCUCUAUCACAGGCUCAGCAGUUCCCUCUCUUUGGUAAUAGAGGUGGAAUGGCUAAUGGAGAACAUGUCGACAACGACUUGAGAAUCCCACAAGCAGCCAUGGUUCAGAUGCCCAACAGUUCUGAUUCUCUGUCUCGAGAAGGCAAGCCAUCCGAAUCCAAAAGCUCUAGCAAACCAAAGGACCUAGAUGGGACUGUGGUGUGUACAUCCUCCAAUGCAGGCGAUGAGCCAAAAGGGACUGAAGUGGGCUCGAUGAGGGCUCCGGUUCAUGAAACCACUGAACCUCCCUCACAAACUGUCUUUUCUCUUGAGGGCUCAGGCAUAAGGCCAGGAAUAGCACCUAGUGUUAAGUUUGGGGGAAGUGGCUCUUUUCCUGAUCUUCCAUGGGUCUCAGCUACUGGGUCUAAUGGAAAGACAAUUUCAGGUGUGACCUACAAGUAUGACAGGAACCAGAUCAAGAUAGUUUGUGCCUGUCAUAGCUACCACAUGUCACCAGAUGAAUUUUUGCACCAUGCCAAUACUGAGGGCCUGAAUUCAGAUGGCACUUUAGGUUUGGCUGCAAUAUCGAAUGACAAUCAGGCAGCCUCGACCUAGAGCUGAAAUGGUGGUCUCUUAAUAUCUCUCAUAUUUUACAAAGNNUUAGUCAAGAGAUGAAGUUGUGGUCUCUCCCUCUUCUUUUUACCAUGAUAUUUACAGAGCUGGAAUGGUGGUCUACGUCUUCUUCUGACAGCCAUAUUCAGCCUUACCUGAGAUCUGAAAUAGUGGUCUCACUCUCUAUUUACAGUGAUACUGAAUCUGAGUACAGAGCUGAUAUAGUGCUCUUUUGUUUUUUGCAGUGAUGUUAUAACCACUGUUAUUGAACAAUGACAUGAAUAAUGUAAAUUGAUUAUGGCUCAGAGCUGCUGAGCCCACUUGAACAUGGUUUUCCUUGUGAAAUGUCGUGGGAAUUUCUAAAUCUUGUAUUUCCGUUAUCUGAUGCUCAAUUUCAAUGUAGCAUACUAUGUAAAUCUUAUAACUUGAGAUGUAAUAUAUACAUGAAGCUCUUCUUUUAUGUAAAA